UGCGACAAUGCGAGAGAUGAACCCGGAUGCAAAAGAUUAACUAAGUAGCAAGGGUGCUACUAGGUGGAGGCCAUCGCAAGGAUUGGCAAACAUAGAUUUUCUUUUUUACUCAGCUCAUUUCGCCUUUUGCAGCUCUUUGGUGCUCUAGUCACUAGUCAUCACGGCCACAAUGAGGCUUCAAUUUCGCAGCCCUCUUGAUGAAAGAGGACAGUUACGUAGCGAAGUUCAGGCCCUUCAGAAAGAGCGUGACGAGCUUGCUGCUCAGGUGGAAAGGCAGAAGGAGGAACUUCAAGAGGCCCGAGAACAACGCCUGGAGCAGCAGAAGGAGCUUGAGUCAAGAGUUGAGGCUUUGUACGACGAGACGAAGGCUCGUAGAGCAGAAUCAGGAGCAGCAAGGGAUGAGGUUCAGCGCCUCAACAAUGCCCUGGAUGUGGCCAAUAGAUCCUGUAAACAUGCCGAGGCACGGGCAAGCAGUGCUGCAAAGAGUGUCGAAGAGACCUCAGUAAGAUGCCGCUCUGCAGAGGAAGCAGUCCAGCAAUUGAAAGCAAGGCUUCAGGAGCUUCAAGCCUCGGAAGAAAUGGCCAGAAGAAGGGCUGAAGGUUGCGAAGCUCUUGAGCUGGAAGUAACAAGAUUGAAAGAACUAGUUUGCAGAGUUGAGAUGAGCUCCGAGCGUUGUUCUGCAGCUCUUGCUGACAAAGCGGAAGCAGAAGAACGAGCUCAAUGUGCUACUAGACGUGCUGAGAUGUCUGAACAACGAGCCAGUGCUGCAGCCAAUUCAGCCAAAUCAUUGGAGGAACAACUAGUUGUAGUUACCACAGACCUGGCAAGCUGCAGAAGUGCACUUGAAGUGGCUAAAUCAGCAGAAUGUAGAUCACGCGGCUUAACCGAUGCAGCCCAAGCGAAGCUAGUUGAGAUCAAGGCAGAACUUGAUGCAUGCGUCUUGGACAACGCAUCCCUGCGACAUCAAGUUAAAGCGGGGGAGGUGGCCUUGCACAACUUUUCACUUGAGAAGGAAGCUUGUCAAAAGGACCAGGAGAAGCUUCAAGCAGACCUGAUCCAGGAGAAGCGACGAUGUGAAGAACUGACUCAACGCAUGUCAACUCUGGAGAAAGAGCUGACAGAGUUGCGGCAAGUAGAAGAGCAGAGAAGAAAAGAAUUGGUUGAUUUUCAAAAGAGAGAGAAAAGACACUCGGUUCUCUUGGAAGAAAGAGAGAAGAGUUUGAUUUGGUCAAAAGAAGAACUUUGCGAAGCUCAGAGGGAAGCCACUGCAGCACACGAACAGGUGAUUCCAUUGCAGGCCGAGGCCUCCCGGUGCCGAGCUGAAGCCCAAAGUGCAACUCAGCAGGCUCAGCACCGACGUUUGGAGGCUGAGGCCACACGCAUGGCGCACUACGAGCAGGACCGUGAGCUACAACUCUUGCGAGAGCGCCUCAAAGUGCAGGGUGAGGAGUUGAAGCGUAUUCAAAUCCUUCUGGCCAUGGGUGGGAAUGCGGAUGAUGUGGCAGCAGCCGCGACUGCAGCUGCUACGGCAGCUGCUUCGUCUUACCUUGGGCGAGUCGACCAGAUUCGGUGGGAGGGCACGCCACGGGGUGGACGUCCACGAUUGCCACCCGCAUCUGUCAAUGGCCGGCGACAUGUGACACCCCGAGCGGCACAUGCUGCGACUGCGGCGAAGCUCUUGGACAGCCCCGCUUUGCCACAGGGUGGUGCCUUCAAGCGCAGGACUCCUAGCACUGCAACUACGCCUGAUCUGGAGAUGUUUGGAUAGCCACUCUGCGGUUUUCCUGUAACCUGCUUGAGACACACAAUGAGAAUGGACAUUUCAUGGGAAACGAGCAUGAUUUGACACCUGCUGAAAAUGGCAGGGGAACAAGGGAAGGACCGCCGUUUGAAAAUGUGCUUUAACCUUUCUCCUGUGCAGUGACCACAAUCGCUAGUGUGGUGUUUGGGGCACUGAGGCUGCCGGAAUUUUCAAGAUCAAACACCA